AUGUCCUUGGUCUCUCCUGAGCAUCCCUUCAGCAACUCAUUACUUUCAAGAACCGAAGCCGACGACAACAGCGUCUCCCUCUCCGACGAAAGCGAAGCGACUUUGAGCACGCUUCUCGGGGCCUUCGCCAACGCCGAACACCACUCUAUGGACAGAGGUGCAACCGAAUACUCGCAGUCAGGUUUGCCAACACCAUAUCCAAACGCGUUCAUCGACGCCCAGUCUGAAGAAACUCCCGCAGAUCACGCGUCUGCUGCGCAAUUCACUCCUCAACAGGAAGUGCGAGCGAACAACUAUUCGACUUCAGCAACCCCCACCUCUGAGUACGGUGUUUAUCCAGCCUCGGCGCGUUCAGGUUCUUUCCCAGAACACAUACAACGCCAGUACCAUCCAGCCAGCAACCACAGCGGUAGCAGCGGAGGUAUGGCUCAAUCAACAAGUCCGUCACUGCCUUUGCAAGAUGGGCGCCCAAACCAUCACACCACACAAAUCAAGUCUGACCAGGAUGUUCCUAUAGAUCCAUCAAUCGCCGCCUCGAGCCCAACUUAUCCUGCGCACGGCGGACAAUACUCUCCCUACCCACCUCAACAGGACAUGCAACACGGCUAUCCUUCGCACCCCGGUGGCGCCAUGUACACUCAACCGCGACCCGACUGGGCAGGCUACGGCGGACAUCCUCAACAUCCAAUGCAGGGUGGAUAUGCGGUUACGGGAGCGCAAACGCCAACGUCUGCGGCUCCGGCUGGCGCGCGUCCUGGUCAAGUAAGCACUUCUCAAGAUCGACAUCAAUUAUCACAGGUUUACUCCUUCGUCCCCAUUCCUGGCGCCCAGCAACACAAGCGUCCCCGCCGACGAUAUGAAGAAAUCGAGCGCAUGUACAAGUGCGGAUGGAACGGUUGUGAGAAGGCUUAUGGCACCCUGAACCAUCUCAACGCCCACGUCACCAUGCAAUCGCACGGCCAAAAGCGAACUCCUGAAGAGUUCAAGGAAAUUCGCAAGGAGUGGAAGGCGCGCAAGAAGGAGGAGGAAAACCAGCGAAAGGCCGAUGAAGAGCGUGCCCGGGCUGCUGCUGCUCCCACCGACGGUCCAGGCUCUGCCGACAAUGGCCCUGCCCCUGGCUACCAGCAGGGAGGCCGCUCAGUCCAGCUCCCUCCCAUCGGUUACCAACCCGGCGCUCAAGUCCCUGGCCAGUACCAAGCUCCAGCCGGUGGCGUUCAACAACUGCAGGAGUACGGCAACAACCACAUUUCGUACUCUGGCUACCCAGCAUCGCCUUACGGCGCUCCCAACCAGAUGUAUAGCCAACGUCAUUACACCCUCAGCUCCUUCCCCUUACAGAACGAUGCUGACAUUAUGAGUAGAUAA